GUUUAGCAAGAAUGAUUAAGAUCGAUAUACUAGCAUGUACACCGCCGACAAUCACUAAUCCUAUUCCUCACUCUAACAGAAUGAGGGGACGAGAAUACCUCUUACCUAUUUUCUUUCAAAUUAAAUCAUCAUAAUCCUAAUCAUCAUCUUAACAAAGUGAAUUAAUUAUCUCCUUUCCUUUCCUAAUCAACUUCCAAAAACUAAAAACGCAAGAAAUUUAAUUACAUAUUCAUAAUCAUUAAAUUCAUGAAACUAUGUUUUGGAUUGAAUUAACAUGAGAAGGAUCUGCUGCUGUUUCACAUGGUGGAAUGGAGGAAAUGCCAGGGGCGUUAGGUACAAGCUCCAGCUUUGCUCUUCGAUUGGGUCAAAUCGUCUUUUCAUCUGCUUCCCUUUUCUUCAUGUGUUUGGAUGUUGAUUUCUAUGGCUACUCUGCUUUCUGUUUUUUGGUUAUGGUCAUGGGUUUGGUCAUUUCCUGGAGCUCAACACUGUUGGUGGUAGAUGCAUAUUACAUCUUCAUAAAAUGUUUACCGCGGCAACGAAGAUGCAUUUUAAUGCUUACUUUGGGAGACAUGGUUCUGUCAUAUCUCUUAUUAGCAGCAGCAUGUUCAACUGCUAGUGUCACAGAUCUCUUGCUUGUUGCUGAUAAAUCCUAUUGUCCAGGAAAAUUAUGUAGUAGAUACCAAAUAUCUGCUGCAAUGGCCUUCUUGGCUUGGUUUCUUUCAUCAGCGUCUUGUCUCUUUAACUUUUGGAUUUUUCCUUCUCUGUGAAAAAUAUGUUGAUCACUUUUGAUAUAUGUAUAGAAAUGAUAAGAGUUCAAAUGACAAAGUCAUUUGUUCUUGUGCUGAAUUUUUUUUUUCCCAUUAGAAUAAAAUUAUCAUACUACUUGUAAUAAUUACUUUUCUAAUGCAAGAGAAAUACGGAAAUUUCUACUUA